CGCGGCGCCGACCCCGGCUAAAGCGCAGCGGCAGAGGGAGCGGGCAGGGACAUGGCCCCGGGGGGCCGCUAGUGCGGGUUGGCCCAACUGGAAGCCGCUCCGCUACCGCUGCCGUCGCCGCCUCCCGGGCGCCCAGGCCCCGCUGCUGCGGGAGAGGUGUCUGGAGAGAGAGCGGAGUCUGCUUUCUUCUUCCUGGGCUCUAGGCCCCUCCCACAAUGCCUGUCGCUGGUCUCCUCCUCUGGGCUUCCCUACUGACUGGGGCCUGGCCAGCUGCCCCCACCCAGGACCUCAUCCAGGCCACACCCAGGGUCCGGCUCUCAUUCAAAGAACUUAAGGCCACAGGUACCGCUCACUUCUUUAAUUUCCUGCUCAACACCACUGACUACCGAAUCUUGCUCAAGGAUGAGGAUCAUGAUCGCAUGUACGUCGGCAGCAAGGACUAUGUGCUGUCGUUGGACCUGCAUGACAUCAACCGCGAGCCCCUCAUUAUCCACUGGGCAGCCUCCCCACAGCGCAUAGAGGAGUGCGUGCUCUCAGGCAAGGAUGGCAACGGUGAGUGCGGGAACUUCGUCAGACUCAUCCAGCCCUGGAACCGAACACACCUGUACGUGUGUGGGACAGGCGCCUACAACCCUAUGUGCACCUAUGUGAACCGAGGCCGCCGUGCCCAGGCCAUGCCAUGGACCCAGAUGCAGGUGGUGAGAGGCCGAGGCAGCAGAGCCACCGAUGGUGCCUUUCAUCCGACGCCCAAAGCCCCACGCCAGGAUUACAUCUUCUACUUGGAGCCUGAAAGACUCGAGUCAGGGAAGGGCAAGUGUCCGUACGACCCCAAGCUGGACACGACCUCAGCCCUCAUCAAUGAGGAGCUCUAUGCUGGUGUGUACAUUGAUUUCAUGGGCACUGAUGCAGCCAUCUUCCGCACACUUGGAAAACAGACGGCCAUGCGUACAGACCAGUACAACUCUCGGUGGCUCAAUGACCCUUCAUUCAUCCAUGCCGAGCUCAUCCCUGACAGCGCAGAGCGCAAUGACGACAAGCUUUACUUCUUCUUCCGGGAGCGGUCAGCAGAGGCCCCUCAGAGCCCCGCCGUGUACGCCCGCAUUGGGCGCAUCUGCCUGAACGAUGAUGGUGGUCACUGCUGCCUAGUCAACAAGUGGAGCACAUUCCUAAAGGCACGACUGGUUUGCUCUGUGCCGGGCGAGGAUGGCAUUGAAACCCACUUUGAUGAGCUCCAGGAUGUGUUUGUCCAGCAGACCCAGGACGUGAGGAACCCAAUCAUUUAUGCUGUCUUUAUCUCCUCUGGCUCUGUGUUCCGAGGCUCUGCUGUGUGUGUCUACUCCAUGGCUGAUAUUCGCAUGGUCUUCAACGGGCCCUUUGCCCAUAAGGAGGGCCCCAACUACCAAUGGAUGCCCUUCUCAGGGAAGAUGCCCUACCCACGGCCUGGCACGUGCCCUGGUGGAACAUUCACGCCGUCCAUGAAGUCCACCAAGGACUAUCCUGACGAAGUGAUCAACUUCAUGCGCGGUCACCCGCUCAUGUACCAAGCCGUGUAUCCGCUGCAGCGGCGGCCCCUGGUGGUCCGCACAGGCGUUCCCUACCGGCUCACCACUGUUGCCGUAGACCAGGUGGAUGCAGCUGACGGGCGCUAUGAGGUGCUUUUCCUGGGCACAGACCGAGGGACAGUGCAGAAGGUCAUUGUACUGCCCAAGGAUGACCAGGAGAUGGAGGAGCUCAUGCUGGAGGAGGUAGAGGUCUUCAAGGAACCAGCAGCAGUUAAAACCAUGACCAUCUCUUCUAAGCGGCAACAAUUGUACGUGGCCUCAGCUGUGGGUGUCACACACCUGAGCCUGCACCGCUGCCAAGCAUAUGGAGCAGCCUGUGCUGACUGCUGCCUCGCCCGGGACCCCUACUGUGCUUGGGAUGGACAGUCCUGCUCUCGCUACACGGCAUCGUCCAAGAGGCGCAGCCGGCGGCAGGAUGUCAGGCACGGGAAUCCCAUCAGACAGUGCCGUGGGUUCAACUCCAAUGCCAACAAGAAUGCAGUGCAGUCUGUGCAGUAUGGCGUGGCGGGCAGUGCAGCCUUCCUCGAGUGCCAGCCUCGCUCACCCCAGGCCACUGUUAAGUGGCUGUUCCAGCGAGAUCCAGGAGACCGGCGCCGUGAGAUCCGCACAGAGGACCGCCUCCUGCGUACGGAGCAGGGCUUGCUGCUUCGAGCUCUGCAGCUUGGUGACCAGGGCCUCUACUCCUGCACAGCCACAGAGAACAACUUCAAGCACGUGGUAACGCGAGUGCAGCUGCAUGUGCUGGGCCGGGAUGCCGUCCAUGCUGCUCUCUUCCCACCACCAGCUGCCAGUGUCCCCCCACCCCCAGGCUCCGGCCACCCCACACCUCCCUACCAAGAGCUGGCCCAGCUCUUGGCUCAACCAGAAGUGGGCCUCAUCCACCAAUACUGCCAGGGCUACUGGCGCCAUGUACCCCCCAGCCCCAGGGAGGCCCCAGGGGCACCUAGGCCUCCUGAGCUCCAGGACCAGAAAAAACCCCGAAACCGCCGCCACCACCCACCGGACACAUGAGGCCAGCUGCCCGAGCCCUGCAGUGGGCCAGCCUAGACCUCAUCCCUUUUAAUAUAAAAGAUAUAUAUAUAUAGAUAUAUAUAUAUAAAAUAUCUAUAUUCUAUACACACCCUGCCCCUGCAAAGACAGUAUUUAUUGGUGGGUUGUAUACAGCCUCAGUGGCAGCAUUGUCCAGAACCUGGACCUGUGCUGAUCAGAGACAGCAGAACACAACACAGAGCCCACCUUACCAGGCCCGGCCAGUGGAGAACACCGGACCAAGACCAUGAAAUCCCCAGAUUCGGGUGGGAGUCUGCCUGCUCACCAGCCCCCACUAGGAUCUACAGGACAGGGGGAGGGAAGAAGCCCUGCCUGGACGAGGCACAGACUGCAGCCCUGCGCCGACGACAUGCUGUCAAGUUGUGCUGUGGCACAGACGUGGAUUCGAGGACUACUUUGGAGACUGGGGGUGGGAGGGGUGGGCUCAGGUGCGCUCAGAAGAAGGGAACAAGGGGCCAUCACAGGAUGUAAGACCCUGCCUGGAAGGGGGCACUCAGCCUCAGCAAGGGCAGCCCCUUUCCGGGUAUUUAUUCUCUAUUUAUUGGGGACAGGAGGAAAGGAGUCCAGCUCCUCUUUCCCUUUCCUGCCUGGUCAGGACAGGGCUGCCCCAUCUCCUAACUUUUCCUGUGCUACCUUGAUUUGGGGCUGGGAGAAUUGCACAGGGGCCAGGCCCAGGCUGGGCUGAGGAAAGUACCCAACCCUGAGGGUAGGGGAACCAUGGUAGAGGCCUGGAGCCUGCAAGGACCUCUCCAGGGCUCUCCAUCUGCCCACCACUCUAGGCAAUGGGUGUAAAUAGCUCUGGGGGGGGGGGGUUUGGGUAGGUGGGGGACUCAUUGAAGCCCUCUGCUGUCCAGGCCAUGGUGCCCUGGGAUUCCAUCUUGCUAAUAAACACUGGCUCUGGGACU